AUGACCCCACGAGAUCGUCUAGGCAACCGGUAUCUAGUCAACUUCAUCGAUCACCGGUCCAACUAUUGCCGCGUGUUCCUGGCCAAGACUAAGGACGCUGCUGCACUCAAGUUCAAGUACUUCCUCGUGCAAUUUGAACGCGAGUUCAACCUUAAAAUUCAUGUGCUACGCACUGAUGGAGGCGGGGAGUACAAGACUUUGGACGUGUUUUGCAAGGCAACGGGAGUCUCGCGUCAAAUCAGCGAAGCCAGGAACCAAGCAAGCAACGGAAAGGCUGAACGCAUGCAUCGUACCAUUAUGAAUAUGGACCAAGUCGAACCUGGGUGGAGUAUCCCCGAUGGAGAUCCUAACGAAAAGGUCCCCAAGUUGACAGACAUCGUGACUUUUGGUUCGGUUUGCGCUGUUCAUGUCAACGCGAGAAACAAGUCGCUAGGAGAGCGUGGAAGGACAGCCAUCAUCAUCGGAAAGAGCGAUGAGACGAAAGGGUACAAGGUAUACAUCCCCAAGGACAAGGUGGUCUUGGUGACUCAACAUAUUCAAAAUAUUGAAUCGUUGACAACCGAUAGUCACCUUAUAUCGGAUCAAGAUGAAAUUUGCCGUCAGGAGGAGUUGACAAUGGUCGAUAAACCGAAAACUCAGGUACGAUGUCGCGGCAAGCAACGUACUGUGAAACAUCACAAGAAUCGCAAGCCCGAAUGGACGAGGGAGCGCCAUGGCACAAGAUCAACGAGAAAAAGGCAAAUUGAAGAGGUGUCAAGCGAAGAUAGAUCUGUAUCCAGGGGCGUCGUCAAUGCUAUUAUAGCACAAGACCCCAAGAACUACGGAGAAGCGAUCAAGAGCAAGCAUCAUCAAGAGUGGAAGAUCGCCAUGACCGAAGAACUGGACGCGUUGAAGGCGAACGAUGUCUGGACGGUCGUUGCACCACCCAAGAAUGCGCACGUGCUCCACAACAAGUGGGUGUACAAGACCAAGACGGAUGCUAACGGAGACAUAGAGCGAUAUAAGGCUCGUCUGGUCGUCUGCGGGAACGAACAAGUUUUCGAAGUCGACUACAACCUCACCUUCGCAGCGGUGAUGGACUUGAGAACGGUGAAAAGGAUCCUGAUGCUAUCAAGACGAUGGAAGGUACCAGCUCGACACGGUGAUGUGCCGAAUGCUUACGUCAAAGCAGAAAAGGAGGAGCACCUGGACAUCUACAUGAAGGUGCCUAAAGGUAUGACCUUGGACGGAGAAGAGAUCAAGGGUCUGGAAUCAAGAUCGACGAACGACUUAGCACUGCUGUUGAAGAAAUCGCUGUACGGACCUAAGCAGGCUGGAAGACUCUGGAGCAAACUACUGGAUUUGAAGCUGAAACAGAGCGGGUUUCGACAAUGCACGACGGACAUGUGUCUGUACUUCAAAUACGUAUGCAAUACAUGCACGGUGGUCGGAGUCUACGUCGACGAUAUCUUAGUCACAGGGACUAAGUUAAGCGCAGUGGACAACUUUUUCAAGGACAUGGCGUGUCUGUCAAUCAAGGAUCUGGGCGUGGUGAACAAGUUUUUGGGACUUCGCAUCAAACUGGACGAGUCUAAGGGGUACAUUCUGGACCAACAAGUGACGAUCGAAUUGCUGCUGAAGGAGUUCGGACUAGACUCGGCAAACGGAGUGAGGACUCCGAUAGGCGACGAAUGCAACCUCGAGGAAGAAGAUGCUCAAGAACUUCUGUCAACGAGAAGUGCAAAAAACGAUCCAAGCGUGAAGUCUUUCCAGUCGAUGGUGGGAAGCCUACUAUGGAUCGCAAGGAUUGGAAGACUGCCAAAAGGAUCAUGCGCUACUUGA